AUGACGACUUCAAACCUACGACACGCCGGCGAAGAUGCCUUUGCUAGCUCUGCCGAUGCGACCGAUGCAAAUCAUCGGCGGGUAUCCGCCCCCGGAGAACGCGAAGAUGCCGUUGAAUUGACGGCGUCGACGGCUUCGCUGGCCGCCCCGUCACUAUUGCCAACGAAACGCACCGGCUUUUGGGCUAGCAUGGGGUUGGGAGGCGUGGCGAGACGGACAUUGGGAAUCUGCUUGUUGCUGUUGACGGUGUUCCUAUGGACCUUGUCAAACUUUCUAGCCAGCUUCAUCUUUUCCGACCACACAUACGACAAGCCAUUCUUUCUCGUCUACGUCAAUACCUCCGUCUUUGCGAUUUCGCUGGUGCCCAUGUUUGUGAAAUACCUGCUCAGCCAUGGCCUGCGCGGCCUACGCAAUGACUUGGUUCAAAUGUGGACGGAGCAGAGGCAGCAGGGCUCAUAUACCAAGGCGGCGACCGAAGACGACCUCGACGGGGAGACCCUCAUGGUGGACAACGAGGCGGCAGUGGAAGCUGUCGUGCAACCCGGCGACGAGAGGCUCACGUUUCGCGAAACCGCCAUCCUCAGCUUGGAGUUUUGCAUGCUCUGGUUCUUUGCCAACUACUUUGCAUCGGCCUGCUUGGAGUACACUAGCGUGGCGAGCGUUACGAUCCUCACUUCCACAAGCAGCGUGUGGACGUUGGUGUUUUGCGCACUGUUCCGGGUCGAGCCCUUUUCGGUGCGCAAGCUGAUUGGCGUCAUGGCCUCCCUCAUCGGCAUCGUCUUGAUCUCGACUGUCGACUUGUCGGGGGAGAGCGACGAGAACCGGGGGUCGUUCCCGCACAAGACACCCGGGCAGAUUGCCAUUGGUGACUCGAUGGCUUUUUUCAGCGCCGUGGUCUACGGCAUGUACGUUACGGUGAUGAAGAGACGGGUGGGCAAUGAGGACAAGGUAGACAUGCGGUUAUUCUUUGGAUUGGUUGGCGUGUUUAAUUUGGCGCUGCUGUGGCCGCUGUUUUUCAUUUUGCAUUGGACGAAUAUUGAACCGUUUGAAAUGCCUCCUACCGGCAAGAUUUGGACAAUCAUCAUCGUUAAUUCGUUGGCAUCCUUUGUCAGCGACAUUUCUUGGGCGUUUGCUAUGCUCCUAACCACCCCGCUGGUCGUGACGGUUGGGCUUUCUCUUACGAUUCCUCUGUCCCUGGUGGGGGAAAUGAUACAAUACGGACAAUACUCGAGCUUUGUGUAUUGGAUUGGCGCAGCCGUUGUGUUUGUGUCAUUUGUCUUUAUAAACAACGAGAGCCGGGAGGAGGGGGACACAAGGGAACAAGGCCCCCAAGAACAGGGAAGUGUAUAG